GCGCACCCGCCUUUCCUCACCAAUGUAACGCGCACACACAUACAGCGGGAUGAAACAGCUGCUCGUGCAUUUCACCGGGAAACGCGUUUGCGUUUGUUAUUUUCGACACACUCAUAUAUGAGUUUAUUUACACAACCCUCUCGCGCGCGUAUAUCUUGAUAUUUUAAACGCGCGCUUCCGCACCGGCGCGCGACACACGCCUGCGGAAAACGCGCAGCAUAUGUUUGAACAUCUGAUGUGAAUCAGGGAUUCGGUUCAGAGAGAAACCGCCCGUGCGUUUCAUGAGCGUCUUGUUUCAUCACGCGACGCGCGUCAGAUUCACCGGCCUCUGGGAAUAAUAAACUUAAAAGCAACUCUUUAAAAGCAAACUCUCCUGUUAGUCUCAUAUCAGGUUGUUAUUCCCCGCACCGGGAGCCGCAGGUUCAGCAGCAGCAGGAGGAGGAAGAUGAUGAUGAUGAUGAUGUCCGGAGAAGAGGUUCUCAUCCCGGACGACCGAGCCUUCAGCCGGUUCAAACACGAGUGUCAGUCCGAUGAAGGCUGGAGUCUGACCUACAACAAGAGCAGCAUCUGCGUGUGGAUCCAAGUGCUGGAGGAGGAGAAGAGUUUACACAAGAUCAAGUGCCGGAUGCAGUGUAAGGACAUCCCAUCCGAGACCAUGUACGACGUGCUCCACGACAUCGAGUAUCGGCGGAAAUGGGACGCGAAUGUCAUCGAGACCUUCGACAUCGGCAAACUGACGGUCAACGCAGACGUGGGCUACUACUCCUGGAAGUGUCCGAAGCCGCUGAAGAACCGUGAUGUCAUCACCCUGCGCUCAUGGCUGCCGAUGGGCAACGAUUACAUCAUCAUGAACUACUCCGUCAAACACGCUAAAUAUCCUCCGAAGAAGGAUCUGGUGCGAGCCGUCUCUAUCCAGACGGGAUACCUGAUCCAGCGGACCGGACCCACCAGCUGCACCUUAACAUACCUGGCACAGGUGGACCCGAGAGGUUCUCUUCCCAAGUGGGUUGUUAACAAGUCUUCCCAGUUGUUGGCACCCAAAGCGAUGAAGCGCAUCAGUAAAGCGUGUCUUCGGUAUCCGGAGUGGAAGCAGAAGCACAGUCCGGGUUUCAAGCCGUGGUUGUUCCCGGAGCAGAACCCGCUGUCCAGCGUCCCUCUGUCGGAGCUCUCCAUACAACACGCCGACUCUCUGGAGAACAUCGACGAGAGUUCACUCAGCGAGAGCAAAGACGAGCGCGCCGAACACAGCGACGAGGAGGGAAACAACUGACACACACACACACACACACACACACACACACACACACACACACACACACACACGGUCAAUUAUGAUUUCAUUACUCACAACACACACACACACCUUUGAGCGAUUUUGAGGUCGAUUCCCUGUCAGAUCAGCACAUUUAAGCGCUGAAUCCAGAUUGUGAUUUAAUUCAGUUAUGCAGAUGUAAAUGAUUUUGAGUUAUGAAGUGAUUUCCGGUUCUUUCCCGCUCGACGGAUCGACCCCUGACCUUAAGCACGCAUGCAGAUGCCACACUGGAACCGCUGAGUUGAUCUGUUGUACGACACUAGAGUUCAAUGAAUGAAUGAAUGUAGUAACCAAGAAUUAAAAAUGAAUUACUGCCUGUUUUUGGA